GACGCGGCGACGCCACGACAGUCAGCCGUGCGUCAUGGCGGAGGAAGGUCGCGUCAGCCGGGUCCGCGUGGCCGCCACGCUGUUGCUGGUGCUGGCCGUGCAGGGCGGCGCCGGGCUGGCCACGGACCAGCACGGCUGCCGAGGGCUGUGCCACUCUGUGCUGGGCCUGAGUGCCACGGAGGCCCAGGAUAAAAUGUCAGCUUGUGAAGAGGGCUGUAUCACUGUCAGCCACUGCCUCCAUGACCACCACGACUUCGAGGAGAAAGACAGCAGCAUGGCCUCUGACAUGUCCAAAUCCUGCUUGACAACAUGUGAAGGCUCUUGCUCCCAAUUGUAUGGUGAAAAAGCUAACUUGGGACAUUCAUGUGUAAGUGGCUGUGAAGCUCAACAUUUGCAGAUAGAUGGUUUGGGAACCAGCGCAGAUGCACAGUACUUGUCACAGAGAGUAGAAAUUCUUGAAGAUGCAGUUCCAAGCAUAGGAAUUAAGGAAAACAAAACUCAUAAUGUAUCUUUAAACUUAGGGGGUAAUAUUCAAACAAAUGUAACAUCAAAUACCCUGCUAGGUCCAAUGUUAGAAAAAGAUGGUAUUUCUACAAUAGGUGGAAAAAAAGUUGAGGACAGAGCCAUUACAUUUGACCUUCAAGGUAACAUAGAUAAUGAUACAAUUGCUGAAGAAACUUUAUCCAAACAUGGAAAAAAAGGAGUUGUUUCUUAUGGUAAAAGAGGAAAGGAAUAUUCAGAAAAUACAUCUAUAAACAUCCAAGGUGUUUUAUCACGUAAUGGAAGUUACAUGGAUGUUUCCUCACAUUACAAGCCUCAUAUCAAGAGAACAUCUGUAUCACCUCCAAUGAAGAAGAGGAAGGGAAAAAGGAGGAAGAAAAGAUCAAAGAGGAUGUUACGCAGAAGACCAAAACAAAACAGGUUGAAGAAUAGGAAAACAAAGAAGCCAAAAGCUGAUAAGGUCGGAAAUACAGUUCCACAAGAGGUAAAAACGGCAGUAAAGACACCUGUGGCCAAAGGGUAGUCAGAGGUAUUAGACACUGCAGUAAUGGAUUUGGAAACAUGUACUAGAGAUAUAUAUGUUUAAAUAAUGACUGGACAUAACUGUGGUAUAGCUUCUAAGAAUUGUUGAGGAAAAAGGAAUCAUAGUAUUUUUGUUUUGUUUUGUUUUACUGCAUGGUACAUUAUUCCCAAUUAAAAAAUGUUUAUUUUCCAUUAGAUGUGGAUAUAGAUUACAUACAAGUUUUGUUGGGCAUUUUUGCUUUGAGGAGUGAUUAGAUUUAUAUCAUUGAUUUUUUAUUUAUUUAUUUAUUGAUUGACUAAUGUUCAUGGAAUAUGCUUGUGUAUUUCUGGAGUAAAAGAUUCAAAUGUAUUCAGAAAUUAGUAUCAUCACCAAUGCUUCACACUAAGGAAGAAACGAAUCUCAGAGUGGAGAAGGGGUCAUGUAAACCUAAAGAAGGGCUUGCAGCCGAUAACUGAGCAGCACUUGUUACUAAAAUGCUUGGCAUUCAUCAAUUUGGACCUGGAAUUUGCACCUUAGUCAUAUCAGUUUCAUGGUGGAAGAGGCAACACUUUCUCAUAAAUCCAGGAAAGUUUCAUUGCCUGUGGUAACUAACAAAAGGAUUAUGUAAUUUCUCAUAAAACUAACAGUUUCAUUGCCUGUGGUAACUAGCAAAAGGAUUAUGUAAUUACUUUCUCAUAAAUCCAGCAAAGCUUCAUUGUCUGUGGUAACUAGCAAAGGGAUUUUGUAAUUUUAAAGAAAUAUAGGCAUAAACAUAA